UUCAAUUCGAUCAUAAUCGUUAACCUUAUUAUACACUCAAUACUUCACUUGUGUCAAUAUUCAACACACAUAUUUUGUGUUGCCACUUGUCUUUCCUAUAGCCAUGUCCACCUCCUCUGGAACCUCACAGACUUACCUCAAAGGACAUGAAGAACACAUGAAUAAUUCUUCAUCAUCAACUCUUAUUAUUCUACAACGCAACACUUCAUCUUCUUGUGGCACUGAGAGAAGAGGCAGAAGAAAGCAGCAAUCAGCAGAACCAGGAAGAUUUCUUGGUGUGAGAAGACGGCCAUGGGGAAGAUAUGCUGCUGAGAUCAGAGACCCUACAACCAAAGAGAGACACUGGCUUGGAACCUUUGACACUGCUCAUGAAGCUGCUCUUGCUUAUGAUAGAGCUGCUCUUUCCAUCAAAGGUGGCUUAGCAAGAACAAACUUCAUCUACACAACCACACAAAACAACACCAUCAAUGGUAAUAAUCUUCUCAACUCUAUGGAUAAUAAUCCUCAUCAUCAUCAUCAACAAGUUAUUUUGCCACCUUCACAAGAUUAUUUCCUCAACAACACUCAUCAGAAUUGCAUCAUGUCUCACCAACUUGAUGAUGAUAUUACUUCCCUUGUCCACGAUGAGAACCCUUCAAAGUUGGUGAUGAAGGGCGAUGAGAAUUUGUUCUUCUUCUCAGCCACUGAUUCCACAAAUUCUGGCUAUCUGGAAUGCAUUGUUCCAGAGAACUGUUUCAGACCUAUUUCUUCUAGUACUCCCACCAACAACAAUAAUACCUCAAACUCCUCCAUGAGUGCUGCUUCAGCUCCUAGUGACCAAAAUGUUGUUAGCAGCAUUAACACAAACACCAUGGAGGCAUUGAAGCAUUACUAUGGUGGUGAAGAACUUGACGGUCAAGGAAUAUUCUGGAACAAUCAGGAUGAGCAACAAUCAUCUUGGGAUUGCAAUAAUAAGAGUAAUAAUUAUGGUGAACUUUCAGCUAUAUUUGACAAACAAGAAGGUUGCAUGAUGAAUGCAUUGUGUCCCAUCAUGAAUGAGACUAGUCCAAGCUAUGGAGUAGUAGUGACUACUCGUGAGGCUGCUAUUCCUAUUCCUUCAACUACUUCUCCAUCAAUUCCUUCUUUGGGGGAUGUCUACUUAGGAAUGACCUACUCGCUCUUCUAGUUCUUUUAUUUUUCCUUCUAUAUCUAUUUAUUAUGUAUUCAUUGUUUUAUUAUUAUAGAAUAAAAUGUUAUUCUUAGUUAAACUAAGAAUUUAACUUUAUUCUAUAUAAUAAUAAAUAUGAAUACACAAUAGAUACAAAAAAUUCAAGUCAAUUAUUAGUUUAUUUUUACUACAGCGUUGAGGUGUCCUUAUGAUGAUUGACCAAGGGCGGUAAGCUACACUUUAUGUACUUUGCAUGUACCUUGUACGUUUCGUAGCGCCCCUCAUCUCCUUUUUUUUUUUCUAUUUUUUUUUCUUGUUAAUGUAAUCUCAAAAUUAUGAUGUGUGCUCCUUUUGUUCUAAAAUUUCCCCAAAAUAAUGAUAAUAAUAG